AUGCAGCAGCUGGAAGCGCCGUUCCGCGAACCGUUGCUAAUUAAGCACCGUUCGCGACUCCCCGGCGUACUAUACCUUUUGUCCUUUGCAAAGCCGAUGCCGAACCUGUUCCGCUCGCCCCUUCAGUUCAUGCGCCAUCCGUAUACGUUAUAUACAGCUGGUCUCGUGUUUGCACUUACCUCUGGCGGAUCUAUAUGUGGUAUCGAUCUGCUGUACGGCUAUUGGACGCAAAACGCAACAGGGGGCCUGAAACCAGAGGGCGAACUGUACGACUAUAACAAUAUGCUUGCGUGGGUCAGUGUCGUCGUCGGUGUAUACGCUUUCAUAUCAUCGACUGGGUUCCUCAUUUGCCUGUCCAUCGCCGCGCACGAUCUGUGCCACGAGCUGCGCAAGGAAUACUUUGCAGCAGCGGUCGUCCAAGACCCCGCCUACUUUGAAAAACACGGCCCCGGCGAGAUUGCUUCGCGUGCGAACCGUGAAGUCACGCAGAUUCGCGCUGCUUUUGGUGAAAAGAUGGGUUUCUUUUUGAAUGCGGUCGGCACGCUCAUUGCCAGUUUCAUCAUGGCCUUCUCCCGUGCCGACCUUAUUGCAGGUGUGCUUUUUGCCGUCUUUGUUUUUGCUACCCUGGCAGCGUUUUUGUUGGGAAUUUUGUCCGAAUAUGCGACUUCGAGCGCGCUGGAUGUGGACAGCCGCUUGUCCACGUUUGUGGAGCAAGUCCUUGCGUCCGUACGCGUGGUGCACAGUUUCGAAAUUGGCCGUCGCCUGGUGGACCGUAUGGAGGUUUUGUACAUCCAGCCUCUUGCACGCUUUGCGCAUGUACGGUCGAUUUUAAAAGGCGCUAACAUGUCUGUAAUGUACUUUGUCAUUUGCGCGCUCUACUCGGUCGCCUUCUGGUGGAGCUCGAUCAAAAUUGCGAAGGGGCAGGAGCAAAUGCAAGACGCCAUCACUGCAUUCUUUAAUUACUUGAGCUCUCUGUUCUGUAUGGCGAUGGUUGUGCCGCAACUGCAAAGCAUUUUGGAAAAUGCUACCGCCAUCCGCAAGAUGCGCGCGGCGAUUGAACGCGAACCGCGCGUCGAUAUUCGCGCCACGAGCGGCAAAAUUCUCGGCGUGCCUGAAAAAGAGAAUGUUGCAGGUACCCAGCUGGAUACGUAUACACCGAACUUUGCACUGGAUUGCAUCACAUUUGCAUACCCCGCCCGUCCGUGCUACGCGAGUUUGAACGAUGUGUCCAUUUGCUUUCCUGCAGGCAAAGUCACUGCACUUGUUGGACCGUCAGGGAGUGGCAAGUCGACCAUCACAUCCUUGCUUUUGCGCGAAUACGACCCCGAGACGUCGAAUUUGCCGUACGGGGAUAAGCCGGAGAAAAAGCCCGAAAAUGAAAAGGCGCUGCAAAGGGAAGGCACCAUAGAUACACAAACCUCUGUCUCGUUCGAAAAAGAACCGGUGCGUGGCCGUGGGCGUGUAUUGUUUGGCGGUGUUGACGUGCGCGAUUUGAAUUUGCGCUGGAUGCGAUCGCAGAUUGCCGUAGUGCGCCAAAAUCCGCAGCUGUUUAGCGGUACCGUGGUCGAGAACGUUGCUAUGGGCUUGCCAGAGAUUCAGUAUGGCGACAAGCGCCUCGGAGACCCUGAAAUCAGGGAGCGGUGCCAAAUCGCGCUGGAGAAGGCACAAGCGUGGUCUUUUGUAAAAAAAUUGCCCAACGGCAUGGACACAUACUUUGCCGGAGGCCGCGCUGUCCACCUCUCUGGAGGCCAGCGCCAACGUAUUGCGAUUGCACGCGCCCUUAUUCGCGAGCCGCUUAUUCUGUGCUUGGACGAGGCUACUUCUGCGCUUGACACACGCACGGAAGAGCGCAUUAAACGCAUGCUACAGCAAGAGCAGGAGGAGCGCGGCAUGACGAUUAUCGUCGUUGCUCACCGUCUCUCCACAAUCCAGCACGCGGAUCAGAUCGUCACCCUGAAGCAGGGGCACGUCAUGGAGUCCGGAACGCACCAAGAACUAAUGCGAAACAAACCACACGGUGUAUAUUACACCAUGGUGAUGCACAACCGCGCUGCAUCUGGAUUGCCCAUGUCCGAGGAGCCGCUGGAUGCGCCGGACAUGCUGUCCACGCAUGACACGGCCAGCUCCUGGCAGCCUCCUACGCUUGCAUCUAGGCCUCAGCCGGCGGAUAGCGUAGGCGCGCCCCGCCCACAAACGCACAACUAUGCUUUCACCGAAGCAGUGAGCCGCAGUGCUAAUGUGAUAGGCCCCAGUUGGGAGGCCGCUGAUCGACGCGAUGUAAAAGGUCAUGCGCCAGAGCCGCCUGAAAAAGAAGCGGACUCGCUGGACGAAAAAGACCUUGAGGCCGAACCUGGCCGCAGACCCAAGCGCAAGUGGCUAAAACUGCCUGCAAUUUUCAACAUCAUGUUGCCGCAAAUAAACCUGUUUUUUCUCGGCUUCAUAUUUAGCUUGUGCCUUGCAGCCUCGAUUCCUAUCAUGGGAUGGCUUUCCGGGUACGCUAUCGACGCGCUAGGUAUCCAAAACGACAAUGCGCGCUUGCGCUCCGAGUCGGACAAGUGGGCUAUGUGGUACAUUAUUAUCGGAGCUAUCGACCUAGUUGUUGCGCUUUUCGGCGCCUACUUCUUGGAGCUUGGCUCGGAGUACAUGAUGAACCGCAUCAAGGUUCUUUCGCUCAAUUCCUUGCUGAGGCAAGAAGUGGCAUUUUUUGAUAAAAAAGAGCAUUCCAGCGGCUCACUUGCCUCUGCGCUGUUCAAUCAUGCCGCACACAUUGGUGAAGCGACUGGUCUUGUUGCUGUUCAGCUCAUCAUGUCGCUUGGCAACUUGCUUGGCGCUGUCAUCAUGUCGAUCGUCGUCGGCUGGAAGCUAGCGUUGGUCGUGGUUCCGGGUUUGAUUUCCAUGAUUGCGGUUUCUUUUUACAAUGUGAUUUUAAUGGAAAACUACGAAGCAGUAGUUCAAGCGCCGGUAGACGGCACUGCUGCGUACAUUGCCGAAGUUGUCGACGCGAUCGGUACUGUGAUUACUUUGGGCCGCGAAGCCGAUGCAGUGGAGCACAUGAAAAGAGAAAGUGGACUGCGCCGCUCUUAUAUUCCAUCGUUGGCAUUGGGUAGCCUUGCGUUUGCCUACACGCAGUUCACACUGUACGGCACUUCGGGGCUAAUGAUGUACUGGGGCGUGACGCUGCUUCGCAAGAAUAGCAUCUCUGCGUUCAAUAUGUUUGCCGUGUUUGAGGGCAUGUUUAUUGCUAUCUUCUCUUCCAUGCGACUCGCUACAUUUAUGCCGGACAUUGCGCGCGCGCGCUAUGCGGCAAGAGUCGUGCAAGGCUGGUGGGAUCGCAAGCCGCGCGUUCCAGAAAUGGUGCCGAGCAAGGACGAGAUGUGGCCGCCAACAGGACCGCGUGAUAUUCAGUUGCAUCAUGUCGAGUUUCGGUAUCCACAGCGCCCUGAUACUGCUGUUUUACGCAAUGUAUGCCUUACAGUCCGCGAGAAUCAAACAGUGGCGUUUUGCGGGACGUCAGGGAGCGGAAAGUCGUCCAUUCUUGGGCUUUUGGAGCGCUUCUACGAACCCACACGCGGUACCAUCACCUACGGCGGAAUUGAUCUUCGCAGCAUCCCAAUGGAAGCAUGGCGUGCGGAAAUGGCCUACGUUUCCCAAGAUCCUGUGUUGUACGAAGGCACACUUCGGUGGAAUCUACUCCUUGGUGCCGUGCAUCCCGAGCAAGUCACGGAGCAAGACAUCGAGACGGCGUGUCGCGAAGCAUGUGUAUGGGACUUUGCCAUGGCACUUCCAGAAGGGCUCGACACCAUGAUUGGCCUCAAAGGGUCCUCACUCAGCGGCGGCCAACGGCAACGUUUGUGCAUUGCCCGUGCGCUCCUUCGGCGCCCCAAGAUUCUUUUGCUUGACGAGGCGACUUCUGCGCUGGAUGCAGAAUCCGAGGUACUUGUCCAGCGUGCGCUCGACAAUGCAUGCCAAAGCUCAACCACAAUUACGAUUGCUCACCGUCUCUCCACGAUCCGCAAAGCGGACGUGAUUUGCGUCGUGGAAGAGGGUCGCAUCGUCGAGACGGGCUCUCACGAGGAACUGCUACAAAAGCGCGGUCGCUACUUUGACUUGGUCGAAGCACAAUUGUGA